CAUCCGGAAGCUGCUUUGGUGAGCAUCACACAGGUUCGGUUCGUUGGUGGUGUACGUAUACAGCAGACACUCGGUAGCCAUGUUUCGUGCCCUUCUUGUCCUGGCUAUGGCCAGCAGCGCAUUCGCUGGCUACGUUGGUGGCCUCGCCCCCGCCAGCUACGCCGUCGCAGCACCGGCCGUAGCCGCCGUCCACGCCGCUCCAGCAGUGACCACCGUCCACCACGCCCCGGCGUACGCUACCGUUCAUGCAGCGCCGGCAGUGACUACCGUGCACGCUGCCCCAUCCGUCGCCACUGUCUCCAGGUUCCAGACGUACCACGCACCCGCCGUCGCAGCCGUAGCGCCCGCCGUGACAACCUACCACGCUCCCGCGCCGGUCGUCUCUGUCGCCCCUGCAGUCGCUAGGGUCGCCACCUUCCGUGCCGCCCCGGCCUACUUCGCAGCACCCGCUCCAGUUGCCGUGGCCGCACCCGCCGUGACCCGAGUGCACACCUACCACGCUGCGCCGGCCGUAGUCGCUGCCCCAGCUGUGGCCAGGGUGGCCACCGUUCACGCUGCACCGGCAGUGGCCUACGCAGCUCCAGCCGUCACCAGGGUCGCGUACGCUGCCCCCGCAGUGGCCUACGCCGCGCCGGCCGUCGCUAGGGUUGCGUACCACGCUGCUCCCGCCGUCGCCACAGUCCACGCAGCACCAGCCGUUGCCGUAGCCCCAGCCGUGACUAGGGUCGCAGCCUACCACGCGGCUCCCGCUGUGGUGGCUCACGCACCGGCAGUGACCACCUUCCACGCACCUGCCGCCGCCGUCACUCGCGUCGACACGGUGCACCACGCGGCACCGGCCGUGGCGACUGUGGCCGCUGCACCCGCUGUUGGUCACUACAGCGUGGGAUACGGGCUCCUCCCCACGUAUGGUCUCAACUACAAGUACGGCCUCGCUGGCCUCAACUACGCCACCCUUCUGCACAAGAAGAAAUGUAUGUAUCUCACAUCUCCGGUCAUACUGAUUCAUAUAUAA